UCAAGUAAGCAACAAAUGCCAGGCAAAAUACCAAGUGAAGCUAGAAGAGAGAGGCUCAAUUGUAUAUACUAGAUAAAUAAACAGUUAAUAUAUAUACAUACUUAGAUGGUGAUUCAUAUUAAUUUAGAUAAAUAAUUUUCAAUAUACGUCUUGUUUAUUAAUUUUUUAAAACCAUUUUCAAAUUUAAAUUAUUCAAAAAAUCUUUGGUGAUUAAUCAUAAUUAUUGGACAAUAUAAUAUUCAGCCUGGCUGUGUUUGACCUAGACCUAAUUUUUCCUCGUGGCAAUGCCUUUGCCAGAGGAUUGUUUAUACGAUGGAGCAAGGAUGUUCGAGGGAAUAUCUGAUUAUUUUGGUCUACAAGUUGAUCAGGUAAAUUUUGUCGUCAGUCAGUUUACUGGAUUGUUCUUGGCAAGUUACUUCAGAACAUCAUUAAAACUAGAAAAUGUAACUCCAAUAGUACGUCACACGUAUGGCCUUGUUGUUGGUCUCUUCAUGGGUUACUUUUGCUUUGGCAAACAGGCUGUUCAUCUAGCUGGACUUCCAGCAAUAUGUUAUAUUGCAAUACGUACACAAAAUCCACAUAUUGUACAGAGGGUUGUCUUGGUGUUAGCUCUUGGAUAUCUAUCCUGUGUUCAUAUCUAUCGACAACUGUAUGAUUACACAUCUUACACACUAGAUAUUACAGCACCAUUGAUGGUAAUUACUCAAAAAGUAAUAAGUCUUGCAUACAGUAUUCAUGAUGGAUCAUCACGUGAUGAAUUAGAACUAACACCUCUUCAACGUCAUCAGGCUGUUAAAAAAAUACCAACAGUACUUGAAUUUUUUGGUUUUAUUUUUCAUUUUCAAGCACUCUUGGUAGGACCUGUUAUUUUUUAUCGUGAUUAUAUUGAAUUUAUUUAUGAAACAGGAUUUAAAGAUGGUGAAAAAUUUUCAAAUUUUUAUCAUGACUCGUUGAAUAAUACUGAUCAAAUGAUUUUGGAGCCUUCACCAAUACCAGUUGUUGUUAAAAAAAUUAUUUCUAGCAUAAUCUGUGCAAUAUUAUUUAUCUCAUUACUUCCUGUAUUUCCAAUUCAAAAAGUCAAAGAUGAUGAUUUUUUACAAUCAUCUACUCUGUACAAAAUUAUGUACCUGAUUAUUUCAACGACAAUUGUGCGUUUUAAAUAUUAUUACGCGUGGUUGUUUGCUGAUGCGGUAUGUAAUAAUUCUGGACUUGGUUUCAAUGGUAUUGAUGCUGAUGGUAAACCACACUGGGAUAAAUUUUCUAAUAUUGAUAUUUUUAAAUUUGAGUUAUCAACAAAUUUACGAGAAUCUAUAGAAGCUUGGAAUAAAGGAACAAAUCGUUGGUUAAGAAUGGUAGUGUAUGAAAGAACAAGUAAAUAUCAAACUAUCAUGACUUUUUUUCUUUCUGCACUUUGGCAUGGUUUUUAUCCUGGCUAUUAUUUAACAUUUGCUGGUGGUGCCUUGUUUACAUUUUCUGGACGAGCUAUUCGACAAACACUAAGACCAUAUUUUUUAGGAUCAAAAAUUUUAAAAAUUAUUUAUAAAGUACUUACAUUUAUAACUACACGUAUUGUUAUGGCUUAUCUUACAUUUAGCUUUGUUUUGCUUGAAUUUACACCAAGUAUUCGAGUUUACUUAUCAAUGUACCUGAUACCACAUCUUUUGGGUUUGACUGCAAUUUUUUUACUACCAUUACUUCCAAUUGGAAAAUUAAAAAAUACACAAUAUCAGUUAAGAAAUUUAUCAAAUGAUAUUAAAAAUGAACAAAAUAUUAAUAACGAAUUGAAAAUUAAUAACAAUGGUUUUACCAAAGAAGCAAAAUAAAAAAAAUUUUUUAAAUAAAAGUAAAUACAAUAUUGAAAA